AUGGACAGGCUCAAGAGCGGGGAGGUCAACCUUGGUACAUCUAUCAUGGCCGUACAGUUCGACAAGGGCGUCGUCAUUGGCGCGGACAGUAGGACAACGACCGGCAGCUACAUUGCCAACCGUGUCACAGACAAGCUUACGCAUGUGCAUGAUCGCAUAUACUGCUGUCGAUCGGGAUCCGCUGCAGACACGCAGGCCGUUGCGGACAUGGUCCAUUACUAUCUUCAGCUGUAUACGCAACAAUACAACUCGCUCCCGCCCGUUCAUUCCGCCGCUUCAGUUUUCCAGAAGAUCUGCUAUGAGAACAAAGACGCUCUUUCAGCGGGAAUAAUUGUCGCUGGAUGGGACAAAGAAGCUGGCCCAAGUGUGUACAACAUCCCUCUAGGUGGUGGCCUGUUCCGCCAACCGUGGGCCAUUGGAGGCUCUGGCUCAACUUACGUUUAUGGUUACUGUGACGCAACCUAUAAGGAUGGCUGGGGCCGGGACGAAACCGUCGAGUUUGUCAAGAACACUCUCUCCCUGGCCAUGUCGCGAGAUGGUUCCUCUGGCGGUGUGAUUCGCAUGUGUGUCAUCACUGAGGAUGGUGUUGAGCGGUUGUUCGUCCCUGGAGAUCAGCUGCCCAAGUUCUGGGAGGGCCGUGAAGUCCUUGCUGAACCGACCGGGAAGUUUAGUUCAACACGAGGUCCCGACCCCGUGCCGAUGGCUGUUGAGUAG